AAAAAUGGCGGAUAACCUAUGAACCUUUGUGGAAUUGAUAACUAUAAAAAUGGCUUCAACGUUUUAUGCAGUGGUGCUUUGUCUUCUAGCCAAUAUUCUGGUACGAUGGUGUGUGUCUCUAAGCUCCUAUUCAGGAAAGGGAAAACCCCCGAUGUUUGGAGAUUAUGAAGCACAGCGACACUGGAUGGAAAUAACAUACAAUCUUCCGUUUGAUGAGUGGUAUACAAACACAGCCAAUAAUGACUUAAUGUAUUGGGGCUUGGAUUAUCCUCCACUUACUGCAUACCAUAGCUGGGUCUGUGGCUUCCUAGCCAACAAAAUAAAUCCAAACUGGGUCGCACUCAACAAAUCCAGAGGACAUGAAAGUCAUGAGCAUAAACUGUUUAUGAGGCAUACAGUUGUUAUAGCAGAUAUAUUGGUGUAUAUUCCUGCAGUCUUUGUAUUUGUGUUUGUUUGCCUGAGAAGGAAACCAGUCAUCGACAAGGUUCUUAUUGCAGCUACCAUGUUAUUCUACCCAGGACUUAUUCUUAUUGACCACGGUCACUUCCAAUAUAAUACAGUCAGCCUUGGUUUAGCACUGUGGGGAGUUAUAGGACUGGCUUGUGAUCAUAAUCUGCUGGGCUCAAUUGCUUUUACCCUGGCCUUAAACUACAAACAGAUGGAACUCUACCAUGCUUUCCCUUUCUUUUUCUAUUUAUUAGGGAAAUCCUGGAAACAAAAUUCUUGGUUCUCAAGAAUAUUUAACCUAGCCAAAAUAGGGAUUGUGGUGGUUUUAACAUUUAUUCUUUGUUGGUUGCCAUUUUUGACUGGAUUACCGACAAUUUUACAAGUUCUCCACAGACUUUUUCCAUUUGCAAGAGGUAUCUUUGAGGACAAGGUAGCCAACAUUUGGUGCUCGAUUUCAGUUUUAAUUAAAGUCAAAAGAAUACUCUCACAAACUCAGAUUAUAAAACUCAGCAUGUGGUCAACACUCCUAGUUUGUCUACCAUCCUCACUGAAUUUGCUAAAGAAUCCAACCAUAGACCGUUUCGUUUUAGCCUUGGUAAAUUCUUCUUUGGCAUUUUUCCUUUUUUCCUAUCAAGUGCAUGAAAAGUCAAUUUUGUUAGCAGCCCUCCCUGUUUGUCUUCUGCUUCACUAUAAACCCUUAGAGUGUGUGUGGUUCUUCGUCAUCUCAACUUUCAGCAUGUGGCCGUUACUACUGAAGGAUGGUCUGUCUCUACCCUACAUUUCAUGCAUGUUGUUGUUCUACACUGUUGCUUAUCAUGUGUUUGAGCUCAACAAGACAGAGCCACUUAAACAAAGUUUGUUUGUUCUGUCAAUUGUUGGAGCCAUGGGUCUACACAUUGGAUCAGCUGUUGUCAAGCCCCCCAGGCGGUACCCAGACCUCUGGCCUGUGCUAAUCUCUCUGUAUUCUUGUGCACAUUUCUUAGCAUUCCUGCUUUACUUUCAUUACCUUCAGUUAAGCUUACCAUAUGAUUUAAGGUCUGUAGUUACAAAAGAAAAGAAAUCCUAGGAACAAAUUAUUACUUGCUCAGAUAACCUCUAUGCACAACAGUUUGUACAUUGAAAAAUAUUAGAUUAGUGGUGAAGUAGGCUUUUUGCUAAAAUUAAUUUUGAGAUUCAAGAAAUAUUUGCCCAAAAAGACUAAUGGAUCUUGCAUUAGAGCAAUAAGAAGUAUGGCAGAUUCUGAAUGAUUGUGGUAUGGUAUCUACGUAAUCCUUAUAUUAAUAUAACUUCUAUUCACAUUGUUGAACACUGUUAAAUAAGUUAAUCACUUGUCAUAAUAUAUACUAUCUAAUAUUACUUCCUAAACAACCUUUUUAAGUAUUCUACAACCCUCAUGAAAAAUUGUACCUUAAUUAGUCUUAAUAAAAAUUACAAGUUCCAUUA